UUUUACCAGUAGUGAACAAAUUCAGUCAGCUCAUUUUCUUCACUGAGAUUCUUCUGUUGUGACUGUCGGGAUUGUCGUUUAGUGACCACAUGUAAAAUCUUUCUGUUAAUUUGGAAGCACGCUGGUUUCGUUUGUUUCUCAAGAAAGCAAAAGUUAGCACGAAAAAACGCGUUAUUACUUAAAUUCCGCCGCUCUCUUAGAAGCUUGUCGGUGUAUGUCUCUUCGGUGACUGUCCAUUGCAGUCUGGGCGGUGACAGCAAUACAAUGAUCGAGCGACCAGAAACUGCAGUUCCCAGCAUUGCUCAGCGGAACCUGGAGGGCUAUGUGGGAUUUGCUAAUCUUCCCAACCAGGUGUAUCGGAAGUCUGUUAAAAGAGGCUUUGAGUUUACAUUAAUGGUAGUUGGAGAGUCUGGUCUUGGGAAAUCAACACUCAUUAACUCCCUCUUUUUGACUGAUCUUUACUCCAAGGACUAUCCUGGGCCAUCUCAGCGUAUUAAGAAGACUGUGCAGGUUGAGCAGUCUAAGGUGCUCAUCAAAGAAGGGGGGGUACAGCUUACUCUCACAAUUGUUGAUACGCCAGGAUUUGGAGAUGCAGUAGACAACAGCAACUGUUGGCAGCCAGUCAUCAACUAUAUUGACAGUAAGUGUGAGGACUUCCUGAAUGCGGAAUCGAGGGUCAACCGCAGAUCGAUGCCAGACAACAGGGUCCAUUGCUGUCUAUACUUCAUUGCGCCCUCUGGACACGGACUAAAGCCACUUGACAUCGAGUUCAUGAAGAGGCUGCAUGACAAAGUCAAUGUCAUUCCACUUAUUGCAAAAGCGGACACUCUCACGCCAGAGGAAUGCCAGCUUUUUAAGAAACAGAUAAUGAAAGAGAUCCAGGAGCACAAAAUCAAAAUUUAUGAAUUCCCAGAUACAGACGAUGAUGAGGACAACAAGAUGAUCCGGAAGAUCAAGGAGAAGAUGCCGCUGGCUGUGGUUGGUAGCAAUGUGGUCAUCGAAGUGAAUGGAAAGAAGGUCAGAGGUCGCCAGUACCCUUGGGGUGUGGCAGAAGUGGAGAAUGGGGAACACUGCGACUUUACUGUGCUACGCAACAUGUUAAUCAGGACCCACAUGCAGGAUUUGAAGGACGUCACCAACAAUGUCCACUAUGAGAAUUACCGCAGUAAGAAGCUAGCCGCAGUCACCUGUAAUGGAGUGGACAACACCAAGACCAAGGGUCAACUCACCAAGAGUCCUCUGGCCCAGAUGGAAGAGGAGCGGCGGGAACAUGUGAUGAAAAUGAAGAAGAUGGAAGCAGAGAUGGAACAAGUCUUUGAAAUGAAGGUUAAGGAGAAGAAGCAGAAACUGAAGGAUUCUGAGGCCGAGCUCGAACGACGACACGAACAAAUGAAAAGGAACCUGGAGGCGCAAUACAAAGAAUUGGAAGAGAAGAGACGAGUGUUUGAAGAUGAGAAAGCAAAUUGGGAGGCUCAGCAGAGAAUCCUUGAGCAGCAGAAGUUGGAUGCCUCUAAGACAAUGGAGAAGAACAAGAAGAAAGGAAAAAUCUUUUGAAGAAUCUCUGUUCCCUCUUAACUUCCAGCUGUGGUCCGCAGCUCCUUUUCUCAGACUAACACACACUGUUAGUAAUAUAACAUAGCAUUCUUCACUUUUUCAAUUCAAAUGGGUACCACAAAGUUAUGUUUUAUUGUUAAAUCCGUCAGAAGCCCUGUGGUUUUGAAUUCAUGUUUGUAGAAUUGACUUCUCCUUAUUGAAAUCUGAAAGUAUACACACCUACUUAGUGUUUGUUUGUUCUCCAGAUUAUUACACUUGUUCACUCAAUACACCUUAUUACGCUAAAUAUUUUUGGGAGCAUGUUGGAAAAACGCUUGGUGUAUAUACAGCGCUUUUUGUUACAUAAAAGAAUGAAAGAUCACCGAGCAUUGUAAAUUAUAACAGAAUGAUCGAAAGUUAAAGAACGAACAGGGCCGUUUAUAUUUUUUCAGGCAGCUGUUAUAAACCUACAUUGGGCCGGUGGUCUGAUAGUUUUGUCAAGCACUACAAGUGAAAUUAAUGGACUCAGGAGAUUGCUACAGAUGUUGGGCUAAAGUAGCAUGGACUAAUAGGGGAGCUAACACCAUGCCAUCUAUUUGAAACAAUGGAGAACUGCAUUGAAUGCCUCAUAAAUACACAUUAAACACGUAUUUGAUUUCUUGAAAGUCAAGUCAUUAUCAAAACUGCCGUCUGUACGUAGGACAAAGACCUCUGUAAAGUUGGCGUGCCCAUCAGAAGCAAAUUUAUAGGACAAUUAUGUCAUUAGUUUGUACGGCAAUUCAUUUUGAGAUGAUAUCAAUUUUUUUAUUGGUCAAUCUGAGGUCAACCAGCCCCCCAUUUUGAUUAAAAAAUGGUGUCAAAUCAUUUGUGCUGCCGUUGUUUUUGAGAUAAUUUCAGGUGAUUACGUCACACAGUCCCCCAUUUAUUGCAAAAUGGACUCAAAAUGGUGCCAUUCGUUUAUGCUACAAACGUUUUAUAGAUGUUGAGAGAUUAAUUUGGACUGAUGACGUCAGUCGCAGCUGACGCAAAGGGGGGGGCAUUGGUUUGUGCUAGUUGUAGGGACACCCCUCUGUUAUUGAGAGAGUUGGUACGCUUCGUCAACCGCGACAGGUGCUGCAAUUGAGUCCUCACUUUAAAUAUUUAUAGAACGAUAGAAGCAUAAACGAAUGAAACCAUUUCAGGUCAAUUUUGCAAUAAAUAGGGGAUUGAUCGAUGUCAUCACUCCACAUUAAUAUCUCAAAAAUGAUAGCAGCACAAACACGACACAAUUUUUAACCAUUUUUAAUCGAAAGAGGGGCUGAUUGACCUCUAAAAGAAUUAACAUCUCAAAAACUAUAGCAUUAAACAAGUGACAUAAUUUUCGUCUGAUGUGGGGCCACCUUCACGGAGGUAGGACAAAGGCAUGUUCACCAAAGACCAAUUUAAGAAGAGUAAAACCUGAUGACUCACAAUUGUGAAGUCUUAUAGUUGAAUAUGAGUAAGGCCAAAGCCAUUAAGUGUUUUGUUUUCGGGUCUUUACGACUCUAAAGAGGGCCAGAAGGAUUUACAAAUUGCAGUCAGUGUUUCCUUUGCAGUGUGUUUCAUAAUUAAACUGAAAAUAUGAUGCAAAUGCAUCACCGGUGUAUAUGAUAGUGAUUAUUAAAACAGUUCUACAUUGUGAUACAACCAGUUUCAUUGGUGGUAAAAUGAGCAAAUACUCCAAAUUUCAAGAAAGUUUUUUUUUUUUUUUUUUUUUUAGAUAAAUCUAACCUAACCUCAUUUCUAAUAUUUCUGUAAUAUACGCUUCCACAUAACUAAUAACGGCUGGCCUGUCAACUAGAAUUUAAGUUAAAGCCCGAGUACAACACUUUGAACCUCUUUCUUACCCAGAGUUGCCGUGGUUUAUUUUCUUAUGACAGUUUAAAAAAAAAAAAAAAGAAGAUGCAUAUAGAGAAGAAGAAAGAAAAGAAAA